AUGAACCCAAUGGAGAACUUGGACAGAAGUGAGGCCAGAUUAUUGCAGUGGUAUGACGUUUCCCCUAGUCACAUUGUUAAAAUGGUCAAUGGUUUCCGAAAUUCUCAAAGCCAGGAUAUUUAUGGCAUGACAAUCAUAGUGUUGAAGUCCAUAAUUGAUGUCAUUGCAGCCCCAUUAUCUUGUGCUAUCAAUGAAUGUCUUCAUGCUGGAGUUUUUCCUCAGUUGUUGAAGAUGGCUCGCACAGUUCCUGUCUACAAGAAAGGUGAUCCCACACUCAUUGAUAGCUUCAGGCCUAUUUCAAUAGUACCAGUAUUUGCCAAGGUCUUUGAGACUGUGAUGAAGGAACAAAUUGUAGUAUUCUUUGAGUCCAACAGGCUGUUCUCCGAUCUGCAGCAUGGUUUUAGAAGGAACAAGUCUACAUUGACUGCUGUGACCGAAUAA